AUGGAUUCUUCCAUGAGUCCCUUCAGCACCAAUGGCAACGAUAGUUCCGCCAAGUACAUUGCCAACAAGGCCAGCAGCCACAAUGAAGCAGUCAUCAUCGCAGGAGUCAUGAUCGGCUCAGUUUUCUUCGUCGCCAUCGUUGGGGUGGCUUGGAUGUUCUUCAGGGAGCGGUCUCGAAAGAUUAAGGACCAGCUGGCCGCGAUCAAGACUGUCAGCGCCUCUGACCUCCGAAGCCGCCGAUCUCAUCCGGAAUCCGGAGCGCCCAAUUACAUCAAAAUGCGUCCCACCUCAAGCUAUCAGCUACCAGCAACGUUAGCGGUACUUCUUCUGUUCUUCUCAUGCCUCGCUCUGGCCUCAUCAGACUCAAAAGAUGCCAGCAACACGUUGUCUCAACGCGACGAGGAAGCAGGUUCAGGAUGCAGUACAGAGGGCCAGUGGCACUGUAUGACCAAUUCAUUUCAGAGAUGCGCAGGUGGACACUGGUCGAUCAAGAUGGCUAUGGCUGAAGGGACAAAAUGUGAGCCAGCGGGUUACACUGAUGACUACAAUUUUCGAAUUGAACAUGAUGGCCAAGGGAAUGGCGAUGGGCGUGCUGAAGGACAGAGUAGUAGGGGAUCCAACUUGGGAUCAAGAGCUUCGGCAAACGGGAUUACUAUCGUGGUUAUUUUCUGUCUCUGGAUUACUCUGGGAAGUCUUUGCUAG